AUGUCAGGUAGCAUACCCCCAUUCGAGUAUGAGCCUCUUGGUUCUGGCGAAAUAAGGCUUCUCACCCCAGUCACAAGAGAAUCGGACACGCAAGUGCCUCAAUGGCGGCUUCAGACAGUCUGCUUACUCGACCUAGGAGAUGGAGGUUUGAAAGGGUUUGAUGCGCUUUCCUACACCUGGGGCGACCUCUCCGAAACCUUUCCUCUGGUCUGCAACAACCAGACGCUCCGUGUACACAAGAACCUCUACGAGGCGUUGCCAUUUCUCGCCAGGCGCCGCUCGUCGCAGCCGCUUUGGAUCGACGCCGUCUGCAUCAAUCAACGAGAUGAGACGGAAAAGCUCGCGCAGGUGCGUCUGAUGCAUCGCAUCUACCGUCAGGCAUCCAAAGUCUGGGUCUGGCUCGGAGACAGUAAAGAGUGCACCGAAGCCGCCAUUGCACUGCUGCCGCGGCUUGCGCAGUUGGGACAGACUCUCCAGAAGAGUCCACCCGCUCGUUGGUCAAACAGCCAUUUGACCUUUGCAUCUGCUGGUCUCCCUGAUCACAAGUCACCCAUUUGGGAGGCUAUUCGGGCUAUACUUUGCAAUGACUGGUUUACGAGGGUUUGGACAGUGCAAGAAUUUGCACUUGCCAAACAAGUCAGUUUCUUGUGUGGACUCUACGAGAUUGAGUCUGAGCGAGUGACGGGAGCACUCAUGUAUGCUUCGAGACUCGAGGCGCUUCGGGAUUCUGAAGGACGAAGCCUUCCUCUGUUGGGUGUCUCGCAAAAUGUCGGCAUGGCCAGAAUGCAAAGAGUCAUUGCGCUCGAAAGGGGCAAACAUGCUACUACAGAUGUCAGGCCUUGUCCUAAUCAUCUUAUCGGUACAGUGUAUUCCAUGACCCUCAAUCACAAAUGUUCCGAGCCAAAGGAUCGCAUAUGGGGCGUUCUGGGAUUCCUAGAAGAACAGCAAGUUGCUCGGAUGCAGCUCAAAGACGAUGUGAAUGUGUGUGACCUUUACACUGCGUUCUCGCAUUACAUAUUCACCCAUACCGAUCGCGCCAAUAAUUACUUUUGGUGCCUUUUGGAUCGUGGGACUCUGGACGGAAAGAUGGCCGGGCUUCCGAGCUGGUGUCCCGACUAUAAUCGAUUGGUAGAUGAGCGAACUCGGAAUAGUAUCAGCCAACUUCGGUCGAGGGGGCACGAACCCUACAGUGCAAGCAACGUCUCUAGUUUCUUUGGAAGCGGUAAAGCUACGAGCCAGCUCGUCUUGAAGGCAACACUGUUUGAUUCAAUUCAACACGUAUACCCCCUGACGCCAUUGCCCCCAAUCUCCAUCCGACAGUUUGCAAUGCAGCAGUUGGAUUUAGCUGUUGUGAGCAAACUUGUAUCUGAUUUGAGGUGGCUUAUUACCAUGCUGGAUGACGAUUUCUUUUCCAAUGGCGCUUCAUCGAGUGCAGACUACGAUCGUUCGGCGGAUCAGCGGCACAUUGGGAGUACAGGCGACCUCUGGCGUACACUGAUUGGCAAUAUCAGUGUGCAAUCGGACUAUGAGAUUACUGCCGCAACGUUUUCUAGAUUCCUUGCGUCCAUCGACGAGUUUCUUUCUUUAGCUCGCGGUCAUGAAAAUAUGCAGAAAGGGUGA